UCACUGAUUGACUUUGCAAACACUUCAAGCUACUCAAUGCUAUUCAAGCUUACUAAUUAUGUAAAUGCCCUCCCUGAUUGACUUUGCAAACACUUCAAGGCUACUCAAUGCUAAUCAAGCUUACUAAUGGCUUCAAACAGACAAGAGUUCUUUCUCCCAACCUGGACAUAAUUCCAUAGGAAUAUAUACAGUCCACUUGCUUCGCUACCUCUAUGUAAAUGCCCUCCCUGAUUGACUUUGCAAACACUUCAUGGCUACUCGAUGCUAUUCAAGCUUGCUCAUUGCAAGAUCCACACUUGCUUCGAACCCUGGACAUUACACUGGGAUAUAUAUAUAUAUUCCACUUUGUUUUACUACUUCUAUGCAAAUACCCUCUCUGAUUGACUUUGGAAACAUUUUAUAGCUUCUCAAUGCUAAUCAAGCUUACUAAUGGCUUCUAACAGAUUAUAGUUCUCUGGACAUAAUUCCAUAGGAAUAUAAACACUCCAUUUGUUUCACUACUUCUAUGCAAAUACCCUCUCUGAUUGACUUUGCACCUUCAAUGCUAUUCAAGCAAGAUUAUAUUCCGCUUUGCAAGACGGGAACGGACUUUGACGCCGGGAACAAAAGGCGGAACGGCUCGAUAUCGGGCUCGGCGAAGAAACCAGAUCGGCAGGAUUUUAUCGGCUGCCCUUUGAGUCCGGGUCCAGAGUCGACCACGGCAACCACGUUUCAAGAGAAACGGAUCUCCGGUUGUCGCUCAAAGGAAAACAGCGGAGCAGAGAAACACACCAUGGAGUCGGCUAUGAACGCAUUUCUGCUUGCGGGGAUCCUACUUUUUGUUCCCGGAUCGUACGGUCAAGAGGUGACGGGGACCACGGAGGGCUCGAGCUACCUGCAGCCGUGGCUGGUGGGCCUGGCGGCCGUGGUGGUCUUCCUGGGGGUCAUCUUCGUGGCCUCGCUCGUCAACCGGAUCUUCUUUGCCAACAAGACGAAGGACGAUCAAGAAACGGGAGCCGAGACAGACGUCGAACUCAGGCCCACGAGCCGCACUGUCUACGACAACCUGGCGGUGGAAGUGGCCGAAGAUGGCCACCCGUCCUCCUCGUCCGCGGCCGAGGCCAAAGUGACCGAUGGGAAGCAGACCGCCAUGUGAGUCCGGACGAAGAAAAGCCAGACGGAUCCUUGGAUCUCACAAUGAUUUUUUUGCAUGUGUUUGCAAGGACACAAAAAAUAAAUCAGAGACAGAUUUCGGGGUCGUCAAUAAAAGGACGCUGAUCAUUAAAAA